AUGGCAAUUCCCCAUUACGGCGUCUGGGUUGGCAAGCCCACCAGAUACAGAGCUGAGACUGCCCGUCAGGACUCCAGAUCUCCCCACAUUUACCUCCAUUUCACCGACGGCUCGCAUAUGGACAAAGAAUAUGAAGCAGCUAUCAAUGUCAAAUCCACAAAUAGAGAUACUCGACUAGUCUUUUGGCUGGAUCGAGAUCUGCACAACCCGGUAGCUCGUCAUCUCGAGCAGCUCGAUCCAGGCCUCCACCCCAUAAAAUCUCACAAUCACGACCACCACACCGGAUCCGUGCCAGGAAUCGACUAUCUCCGCACCCCGGGUCUCGUCGACGUGGAGGCAGGUCGACUGCUUCCUCAUGACAUCCCCGGCCCAAUGAAUGAUGUGCUAGAUCUGAUGGAGCCCAUCCUAAAUGAUGCAAUUCGUCACAGAGCGACCAUGUAUAUCUUUGGUCAGCCAUAUGACGACGGUAUUCAUGACAUUCAUUUGAACCAGGGAAACCUACCGCAGUCUGAAAACGGUGUUUUUGAAGAUGGUGGACUCUUCUUCCGGUUCCCGGAUGGACAUUGGGAGGGUGUUUUUCUGGCGUUUGCAUCGCAGAGAGUUCCUACCGAUGAGAGUGGGAAGCCUGCUCAUUAUAGCACCACGUUGGCGCAGAUGCUGGGAUAUGAUCAAUAG